AUGCCAUCUGUAAAACUACACCCUCGAUCCUCAGUCUCAGCGGAGAAAGCGACCGCUACUGCUCCCUCAACGCCCGCGAACAACCCUCUCCCAACCCUCCUCCAAACACCCUCAGGCCUAGCCCUCCUCGAGAUACAAGGCACAAUCAAUGUCCCAAACACGAGUGAACAUGACGAGUUAGUGUCAACGUCUACGAACAUUGACCCCGCUUCCAUAUUCGAAACCCCCAUCGGAAAGCUCAUGUUCCCGGACUACUCGGCCCUCAACCCGGACGAUACAAAAUGGAUGAAACACGCCUAUCUGUAUGUCGGUCGAUACCAACGGAUGACCGGAGAAGUGAAAAAGCUACUGCGACCAAUUGCUGUGUUGCAGAAACACCCAUCGGAGGGCGAGGAACUGGAGGUGGUGGAGAUUGUACGCUAUAAGAUCUUCUUCAAAAGUCGGCCUGAGCCCGUGAAUAAUAUCUGA